AUGGCAAAUUAGUAGGAAGAAGUACAAAACAUUUAUUUACAAAGUUGAUUAAUUAGUGCAUCAACAAAAUGUCUGAGCGCAAAGUGUUAAACAAAUACUAUCCGCCGGACUUCGAUCCAUCGAAGAUACCGCGCAUGAAAUUGGCCAAAAAUCGACAAUACACCGUCCGAUUGAUGGCACCGUUUAAUAUGCGCUGCAAAACUUGCGGGGAAUACAUAUACAAGGGCAAGAAGUUUAAUGCGCGCAAAGAGGAUGUGGAGAAUGAAACGUAUUUGGGCAUACGUAUCUAUAGAUUCUACAUAAAGUGCACGCGCUGCCUGCAGGAGAUCUCGUUCAAAACGGAUCCACAGAACACCGACUACGAGAUCGAAGCGGGCGCCACACGCAAUUUUAUGGCAUUGAAACUGGCCGAGGAGCAGGCGCGUCGCGAGGAGCGUGAAGAACGCGAGGAGGAGGCCAACAAUCCCAUGAAAUUGCUCGAGAAUCGCACGCAACAGUCGCGCAACGAAAUCGAAAUGCUCGAGAGUCUCGAGGAGCUGCGCGAUUUGAACAGACGACAGCAAACUGUGGACUAUACGACCAUGCUGGAGCAGUAUAAUCCAGCGGAAACGGAACGUGAACGCCAGGAGCGCGAGGAACGCGAAGACGAGGAGUUUGUCAAAUCUGUGAACUUUAAAAACAAGGCGGAGAGCAGCGGCACGCGCAUUGUCACUGAGGAAAUUAUCGAAGAGCUGAAGGAGGAGGAUACAGCAUUGCCAGCGCCACCAGCAGCCAAAUUCGCCAAGCCCAGCACUGCGUCAGCGCCCAGCAAAGCCACGGCUGGCGCUCAGCUAGUAAAACGCAAGACGCCUCUGGUGCUGGUGAAACCAAAGCCUGCAGCAGGAACAGCAAAUACAACUGCAACUGGAACAGCUACGGCAGCCGCAUCCGCAGCAGUGACGCCUAAACCGGCAGCAGCACCCGCUGGUUUAUCCCUUUUGGCUGCAUACAGUGACAGCUCUGAGGAUUCCAACUGACCUUUGCAUGUUAUUAGCAUUUAUGCCAAGUCUUUGUGUUUAUUCCAAUUAGCUAAAGCCUAUGCUAAGGCACAAAUAAGUAGGAGAGAACAUGUAAUAAAUGUAUGUGCUUACCAUAUCUUCCAUA